GAGCCAGCCGUUGCCUCACUCCAUAUUGGUACCACCAGAGCCAAAUCAAGAAUGGCAUACUAUUCAUCGAUGGAGGAAUUACCACCUAUGCUGAUCGAACGUAUGCCAAUGUAACAACCUGCUGGAUGUAAACUGCAGUAUUUACAUGUACCUCGUCACCGAUGUUACUACUUCGAAGCCCGCAAACCAUGACAAUAUCAACCAAACGGGUCCAUUCAUCACAGGUCCCAACAACUACGUCAUCACAGUUGAUAUGAGAACUUCGUGGGAUUGGAAAACCAACAUCAGUGAAGUGGCCUUGAACAAAUCGCUCGCCUUGAAAACGGCAAACUACGUCCCAGAUGUUCAAAUGGGCGCUCUUUUCCACGGCCCAGCAGACGACACUCAAGUCUACCUUGACGGGGGUGUGACACCGGACAUAAACACCUCUUUUACAGGCUGGCAGUCUCCCACUGCCAAGCAGUACAAUCUAUGGGGCUUCGAUACCGAGAGCCACGGUUGGACACAGUACGAUGUCGUUCUGGAUGCGCCGGAGAGGUCAAGUUGGGGUGCUUCUGCCGAAGCACCGGAACUUGGUCUUGCUUUUUACUUAAACGGCAUGGUCACCAACAUGUCUUCUGAUACAGAUAAAGGUGACAAUACUCCACCUACUAAUCUCGAAGGCAUGAUUGUUCUCGACCUCCAGAAUCAUACGGCUAAGAAUACAUCUACCGACAUCAUUACUGAAGAUGGCGGCCCGCGAAUCGGAGGGAGUAUGGUCUAUAUACCUCGCAUUGGCGACAUGGGAGUCUUGAUUUCGUUUGGUGGAGCGACAGGAACAAAAGACUCUCUACAGACAGGUUUCUUGAAAAAACACUUAAAAAUACGCAGGAGAUUAUCCGUGGGCUGAUUGGGUUUAUAUGGUACCCCCUACGCUGGCUUAUUGGGCUGUGCAGACGGGGGAUGAGGAGUUGACGAGCACGGCGGUUGAGCAGUGUGGUUUAUAUCGUGAUGUCCUUGCUGUGCCUGACGGGGAGGAGAGCGGGGGGUUGUGGCAUCAUAUCAUUGGGCCCGAGACGGAGGAUUUAGGGAUUUGAAGUACGGGGAAUGCGUG